AUGAAUGCGAGCGACGCCAGAUCUUUGCGUGUGCAGCUUACGCCACAGGGCCAACAUUCCAGAGCUGAGCGGUUCAGCUAUGAGCCUCCCGCACGCACCGUAUACCCCCCGAUCGUGGAGUUCUGUCGGCGCUAUGCCUUCGUGGCUUUCAUUUGGGUGGUUUUUUUGGGUACAGCAUUGUGGAUCGGCAUUGCGUGGGUGAAUCUGGCAGGAAACCCAUCGACCAAGGUGAACUCAAUUGGGAUACCGCGUGAGCUGAUCCCGUUGGCGAAGCUCUUGUCAGUCCCACUGGUAUGCCUCCUUUUCACUUGGUUUCAUGUGUGGCUGGCUUUGCAGAUGAUGUUCUUUCCGAUUGAAUUUGUUGGAUGCCCCUCGCGGCCCAUUGUGCCCAGCUGGUUUGGGUUGCCCAUCAAUGGUUGGCAGGGCAUUGUGCCACGAAAGGCUGAAGUCAUGGCCAGGAUUGGUAACAUUGUCACAGUAGAGGAGUUCAUGGAUAGAAUUGAACCUCAGCACUUCUUUGACACCCUGGAAGAAAUGAUGGGUGGACUUUGUUUUCAAGUUCUGGAGAAGAUAAUGUUGAAGCAUUUGCCAACUGUGUGGCAAAUCCUGCCUGAGUCUGUGCAGUCCGAGCUGAAGAAGAAGGUGUUGGAGGACACCAAGGAAAGCUUUGGGGCGGGGAUGUUGGAGCUUCGUAACAACAUUAGUUCGAUCCUGGAUUUGCAACAGAUGUCUGUGGACACCUUUGUCAACAAUCCCCGGAUGAUGGUGGAGAUGUUCCGGUCAGUUGCUUUGAACGAGUUAACCUUUAUCCAGCGGAUUGCUGCUGUGAUGGGUUUUCUGCUGGGCUUGGUGCAAGUGGUUUUGUACUUGAUGUUGCAGAAGGUCCAGGGUGUGGACUAUGUCAUGCUUCCGGUCAGUGGACUUAUCAUUGGCUACUUUACAAAUUGGAUUGCCAUCAAGAUGAUUUUUCGCCCUGUUUGGCCCCAUCAGUACUGUGGUGGCAGGAUCAAUGUGCAGGGGGUCUUCAUGAAACGGCAAAGGGAAGCCUCGCAAAAGAUGGCGGAGCUCAUCUGCCAAAAUGUGGUGGAUGCCCGGGCCAUGCUUCAUUACAUGAUGAAAGCUCCCAGCUCAACAGGAGUUGAGAAGGUGCUUCAAAUCUACCGGAAACAUGUUGACAGAUCUGUUGAGCGCAGCAUGGGCUUUGCCAGCCGCGUCGCAGUGGUUGCGCCAACAGUUGAAACACGCAUGGAUGAGCUCAAGCAAGACGUUGAACAGUUUUCGCUUGAGCUCCUUCCACAGCAUUCUCGGGCAAUUGAAGAAUACAUGGACACGGCCAUGAAUGUGCAAGAGACACUUACGUGGCGUUUACAACGUAUUCCCCCACCUGAAUUUGAAAGCAUUGUUCAUCCCAUAUUUGAAGAUGACGAGUGGAUCCUUUUGCUCGUGGGCGGCAUUCUAGGUGUGUUAAUCGGCCUACUUCAGGCUUACGCUUUGCAACACAUCAACUGA